UGCUGACGCUCGCAUGAUUACACCUGACACUAGCGACGCCGCAAGAGCGUGACGCGAACGCUCUUUGCUGAUUCUGUACGUCGACUGCGAAACCGGCGGACACCGCGUGGCUCGUGCCUGCAGGAAAGAUGACGUCACUAUAGAGCUGGAACGUAUCCAAACAUUCUCUCGUCUGAGAGAAAAAAAGAAAAAAAAAACGUCGCCGUGGCUUUGCUCACGGGCACCUGUCUGUCGGAUAGGCAUCGCUGACUCUGUGCGAGGGAAUACCCCCGACGAACGGCCGCCUGUUUCGUCUUGCGCUCUCAUUUGCGUCAGGGGAAGCGACAUAACGCCGCCAUGCUGGUGUCGCGGGUGCCGUGGUGCUCGUUGUGCCGGGGUGUGCUGCAGCGUGCUGCCGCCGCUGGAGCUGCGAGCGGCCCGGCAGAGACUGGCCGGCGGUGGCUCUCUCAGGACGUGGUCAAGGAGCUCGAGGCGAUCUUCGGCCCAAAGAACGUCACCACCACCGAGGCCGCCCGGGAGCAGCACAGCCGCGACGAAGGGCCGCACGUGCCCGCCGCGCCAGACGUUGUCGUCUUCGCCCAGGACAGCAGCCAGGUCAGCCGGGUGGCCAAGCUGUGCUACCAGAAGGGCAUUCCCAUGACGCCGUUCGGCAGCGGCUCCGGACUCGAGGGCGGCGUGCAGGCGAUGGAGGGCGGCGUCUGCAUCGACGUCUCGCAGAUGGAUAAGAUGGUCGAGCUGAACGCCAGCGACUUCGACGUGGUCGUCGAGCCCGGCCUCACGUGGCGCAACCUGAACCAGCAGAUCCGCGACACGGGCCUCUGGUUCCCCAUCGACCCGGGCGCCGACGCCUCGCUCGGCGGAAUGUGCUCCACCAGCGCUUCCGGCACGAAUGCCGUGCGAUACGGAACUAUGCGCGAGAACGUGCUCAACUUGGAGGUUGUGCUCCCCGACGGCACAAUCAUCAACACGGCGGGCAAGGGGCGGCGCACGCGCAAGACGUCUGCGGGCUACAACAUGACCAACCUGUUCGUCGGCUCCGAAGGCACGCUGGGCAUCAUCACGCAGGCCACCCUUCGGCUACACUCGGCGCCCCAGGUGACCGUGGCGGCCACGUGUCCCUUCCCGACGGCGACUGCGGCCGUCGAGGCCGUGGUGCAGACCCUGCAGUGCAACGUGCCCGUGGCGCGCAUCGAGUUCCUCGACGAGGUCACCAUCAAGGCUUGCAACAAGUACAGCAAGACCGAGUACAAGGAGGCCCCCACCCUCUUCCUAGAGUUUCACGGCUCCUCUGACCAGGCCGUUCGCGAACAGGUGGACAUGAUGACCGAGAUUGCACAGGGAAACGGCGCUUCAGAGUUCCAGUUUGCGCGUGAGCCCGAGGAGCGCAGCAAGCUGUGGAAGGCUCGGCACGCCAUCUUCUACGCCACAUGCGCACUGCGCCCAAACACGCGCUGCUACGUCACCGACGUGUGCGUGCCCAUUUCACGGCUGCCGGCGCUGGUGGCGGCCGCCAUGGAGGACAUCCAGCAGCACGGCAUCUUGGCCACCGUGGUGGGUCACGUAGGCGACGGCAACUUCCACACCAUGAUGCUGUUCGAUCCUAAAGACCCCAAGGAGACGGCCACCAUCUUCGAGGUGGCCCACAAGCUGGCAUGCAGGGCUCUGGACCUGAAUGGCACGUCGACAGGUGAACACGGUAUCGGGAUCGGUAAACGCAGCCUGCUGGUCCGGGAGCUCGGCGAGAACGGCAUCAAGUUGAUGCACAGUUUGAAGAAGGCCAUUGACCCUAAGGGCAUCAUGAACCCUGGGAAGCUGUUUCUCUAGCGAUGUGUUCGCGGGCCACUUCGUGUUUUUCGUUUCGAGCUAAUGUUCGUUGGUGCCGAUAAGCGCUACGGAGCAUCGGCGUUCAUUGCUCCUGACAACGGUGAUCUGUAAACUGGACGAUCUGCGUGACUGGCUCUACAGCCUGUGAUCUGGGACAGUCCAAGCAAAUCAACACGUGUAUCCGGCCAAAAAAAUAUUGUUGCUAUGGUGAUCUGUGGUCACGCAUCUCGUGUUUUCAGAAUUUCUGGAAAAGUAUCACGACAGAAACCGUGCAUUGAAUUUUAUUUAUAUCGUACCUCUCUUAUGCCAGCGCUCCUUUUUUCAGCGUUUUAACGGUGGUAGUGGCCCUCCGUGCCGUGUAAAAGAAAGAAAACUUCAUUACCCCUGUUGACCUGUUAACGAGAAAGGCUCUACCACCUCUUAGACAGCUGUCAUUUCCAACUGUAUAUUAUUAAUGAAUCUAUAGAGUUAAACUAGGGAUAGUGAAAAUAAACAUUCUUGCGCAGUUUCUUGAAGUUCACUAUUUGUUUAUGAAACAGCAAUCAUUGGUGCUUCUUGAGUAUCUUUAUUUCCCUGGCGCUGGACGUUGGCCAGUCAAAAUUCCUUAGCGUCCUGUACCAUGACUGCGCGUAACUUGUUUACUGCAACACAUGACGUAUAAGGUCAGGUGAGGGCAGUAGUCCGUCUCUUCAAGGCAGGGGUAGUGAAAGUAUUUGUGGAUAUCCUAUGGAUGUUCUCUGCCACUUCGCUGUCAUAAACGCAGCAAGGAAUGCUACAACAGCCUUAGCAGCGGCGUCCCAGGUGUGUAUAGAUAAGCGCAAAGUUGAAGUUAUCCAUCGCAAUACGAAACUUCUACGUCAUUUGCACACAUCAGAAGAAACAAGGCAGACGACUUCAUCCUGCACUGAUCAGAAGGCGUCAACGUAUUCUCUUCCAAAAUGUCACAGUCAAAAUGAGAAAGUAGAAAUAUAAAUAUUGGGUGAUUGCCUAUGCACAUUAGUCAAGCUAUUGGCAAUACCUUCUGUGUUGGAAGAUAAUACCAGAAUGCCUUUUAUAUAAGACAUACUCUCCCAACGUAUCAGCUAGAGGGGCGCACAACCGGUACGUGACACUAGCUGCUUUAUCUCAUAGUAGUCGCACGCAAGCACUGCAUUCGUUCUUCAAAACACAUCCCGACCGCCGUUAAGCUUAAGUUGAAGGUGUCACUGUCGCCAUCAUGCGUGUAGUUCAGAUUCUCCCACCAGGCGACGCCACUCAGUCAUGUGAGUCGUGUCAUGUGUGAGUCAGAGUAAGAGGCGAUUGGAGGAUUGGUGGAAUAAAAGUAGGGAAACGACAAAAAACGGAGACGUACAAAAGCACAGUUCGCACUAGGGGAUCAGAAAUUUGGUUGUGGGAGUUCAUUGUGUUUUUUUUCUUUUUUUAUUGUUUAACCUAAGUAGGACAUUAGGCAGUACAAUAGCAAGAGCUUGGUGGCGCAACCCACCGCCCCGUUCCAAAGGGGACGCUCGUAACAUCCAUCCAUCCAUCCAGGAAAAAGGGAAAAAGAUUCUUCUUCGCCGUCUCAGCAUGCUCCGGUCUGUUCCUGUUGCGACGCUGCGACAGGUGAUCUGCUGUAGUUUGUUACGUUUCGCCUACGACGCGCGGUAUAGCCGGCGCGGAUGCAACGGACGCCGGGGCUUCGUUCAAAGCGGCGGACAUUUUGGCCCGUUCGGAGCUGCCGCAAAGCCUCCCCGCCAAGCGCGUCCAGGCGUGUUUCAGUGCCACGUGUCUUCGUGUGUGCGUGUGUGUGUGUGUGCCCACGCUUGUCAAAGCGCGGCAGCCGGGGAGAGGAGCUCCCCAAGUGUGAAGCGAGGAGGUCUGACAGGCGCCGGCUUGGCGGAUGCGUCACUACACUCGUCUCAACCUGUCUCUCAGCGUGUCCGUGCCCAGUCACGUGCGCAUCUGACGAGACGUUCCUUCUUGCCCUCAACUCCGAGAGUAUAAGAGCAGCUGCUCCCGGACGCCGAGAGGCUCCGAUUUCUUCUGUCGAGUUACGUGCUCUCCCGUCUCUCCACUUCGGUCGACCUGACCGCCCGCUCUUUUGCGAUGUUAGAAUAAACAAGUUGUUCUGUUA